GGUGAUUUAUAAACUUUCUAAAAGUUUAAUUGAAGUUUGCAGACUUUAUAUAACAGGAUCAAUGAAGUAUUACACGAUGUGUAUUGAACAUGAAUUGAGAAUAGCUGUGUUGUAUAAACAUUGAUACAUACUUUGAUUAGCCAGCAACAUGAUCUAGGAAACCAGGAAUCUUUAUAAACCAACUUUGAAGUUUAGUUGAAAUUAAUUUUUAUUUGUAAGAAAUUACAAAAAUAGGAUAGGAGGAAGUAAUUUGACUUCAGGAGACAGGGUAGACACUAAGAAAAUAAGGCUUCAAGACUGAACUGCAGUGUUUAGAAAUGUCAACAGUGUUCGUGCACACAGGUCUGAAUCGGACUUCAACCCCGAUACAAGUGACAGACACUCCAGAUGAUAUCAAGAAAAAAUAUAAGAGACAGUCACAUGAAGAAGAAUGGCCACCAGAGAGUCCAGUUGCAAGAGUCUAUGACUUACAAAACUCCUCAACUCGCAUGAUACUCAUGAACAAUAGAUUUAGAAAGCCUACUAACAGAUUACGUGGACAUGGAAUCAAGCAAGAUGAGGCUGAAAGUGGUCGAUCUACACGCUCUAGCACUCCAGCUCCAUCUAUAAACACAGACAGGCACUUUCAAGAAUCCUGUCGAAAUGAUGCUCACCAUGAAAUAUGUCACAAUUCAGACUCUCCACGGUUCAAACCUCGUCAUAAGACAUCCAAGAUGUGGGUCAAUUCCUCCCAGAGGCCUCCAUGGAAACCAGGAGAGCGCUCAUCCGUUGACCAAUCACGUCAUGUAUCAUGCCAGGUGCCUUCGCAUCCUUCCUUCUACAGUCUCGAAAACACAAAACCAAAGCGACGUCGUCCCCACACUGUGCAGUUGACAUCCAGCAUGAGGGGUCGUUCACACAACUAUUUACGUCACCCUGACUUCUCCAGUGGGCAGCGCCAAUACUUAUGGUCAAUUGCAAAUAUAUACUGUCAGCGGAAUCUGAAGACAUUGAAACAGAAGCAAUAUGGAGAUAUCUUGGAUAAACAGUUCUAUUUAGGUUGGCACAAGGAAGGUGAAUACCUGAAAUAUUACUCAUAUUUGAAUGGAACUCGCAAGAAGCAAUAUGAGACAGAACAGGUGAAGACAUCGCCAAGGUCACCACCUCAGUCACCACGACGACCAAAGACAGCAUCUGGGAGACUACAGAGCCACACCCCCUCCCCAAGGUCAACUCCAAGGUCAACCCCAAGGUCAUGGACCUCAAUGUCAGAUAGAAGUUCAACAACAGACAUGUCGGAAAAUUCAGAUGAAGUGCCUCCUACGACUCCUAGAGGUCGCCCUAAAACUGGUAGGGAACGUAAAUAUCGAAAUGCCUCCAAUAUGAAGGUUGUAGAACGUAAAAACUCUACUCAGAAAUCAAGAUCUCCAACUAAUGAUACAAAUUCUGAACAAACUCACUACACUGUGGAGGUCAAAGAAUCUGAUGAUGAUGAAAAGCCUCCUGAAAGCACCAACCAAGCUGAUCCAUCAAGUAAGGACAGUGACCACAAUGAUUCAGCAUCUGAUAAAGAAGAUCCUAAAGCAAAUGAACAAGAUCCUAAAGCAAAUGAACAAGAUUCAACUGCAAAUGAUCAUGAUUCAAAAUCCAAUCAACAUGGUUCUACAAAUGAUCAUGAGAUUUCAUCAAGAGAGAGUGAUGAUUCAAACUUGAAUGACAAUGAUUCAAACUUGAAUAACAAUGAUUCAAUAUUGAAAGACCAUGGUUCAAGAUCAGAUGACAGUGAUUCAAACAGGGACUCAGAACUCAAAUCAAUCAAAAAUGAAAAAUCUGAAAAACAAAAGGUAAGACGCAAUAAGAAGAAAAAGGCUAAAUCAAAACCAGUUGAAACAGAUAUUCCAAAUGAAGAUGAUCCAUCCCCUAAUGAAACCAUUAGGAAUUACUCUAAAAGUGAACAAAAUCCUGCAAAUGAUGACGAUAGUCCAAAAUUUCAAGAUGAUCAUUCCCUGAAGGAAGAAUACCUUCAACAAAAUGACCAAUCCACUCAAGAAAAUGAUCCAUCUCCAAAACAAAAUGAUCAGUCCACAGAAGAAAUUGAUUCAGAGAAUAACGAUGCAUCAGAACCGGAGAAUGACGAUAAUAAAAGUGACAUAACUGAGUCUAAUGAUGAAUAUUCUAGGCAGAUGAAGGAAAAUUAUGAUAACACUAAUCAACAAAGAGAGAGUGACAAUGAUGAUAAACAUGACACCAAUAAUCAAGAACGUGAUAUGAAAGAUGAGAAUCAAGAUUCCAAUAGUGAAACAGAGGAUACCAAUCAUGAAAAUCAUGAUACCAAUGGUGCAAAGGAAGAUACCAAUGUCGAAAAUCAUAAAAUCAAUAGUGAGAAUCAUGAAACCAAUGCUGAAAAUCAUGAUACACAUGGUGAAAACUAUGAUACACAUGGUGAAAACUAUGAUACACAUGGUGAAAACAAUAUUGUGGAUUCAUCUGAGGAUAUUCAAAGAGAUGCUACAGCUGACGACACCAACCAACCCACAAAUGAUGAAAUUGAAAGACAUUUUACACAAAAGGACAAUGAAGAUGAAAUGAUACAGAAUCAAAAUGAGAAAUCCAAAAAUAAUGAUACAUUUGAACAAAAUAAUGUUUCAACUGAACAAAAUUAUGACCAAAAUGAAAAUGAUAAUGAUUCAAAUGAACAAAAGAAUGAUUCAAAUGAACAAAAGAAUGAUUCGAAUGAACAAAAUUAUGACCCAAAUGAACAAAAUAAUGUUUCAAAUGAAAAAAAUAAUGACUCAAAUGAAGAAAAUGUUGGCCAAACUGAUAGAAAAGAAACAAAUCUUGAAAAAGAAGAAGUAAAACCUGGAUCUGCUGCAGACUAUAACAAUAUCGUAAAAAUUGUCAAAUUGAAAAGAAAAAUGGCCGAACGAUCCGACAGUCGGGUUUCAAUCACAUUUAGAAAUAAGUAUUACGAUGGGGCAAAAGAAGACAUGGAAGAGGAUUAG